AUGGAGAAUCUAGAUGAGCUGGAGCACCCUCUUCUGGGAGAAAGUCCCAGUAACAGCCAAGCAUCAAAGCAGGGGCUAGGGCCCGGACCUGGACCUGGAUCUGUACCUGUACCUGGACAGGCCCCUGGUGGACUGUUUAAGGGCAUCUUGGUUAAAUGUGAGGAGGACAGGGCCUACCCUCCUUUAACGUGGACAAACUAUCGUGGACAUCCUCCUGAGAUCCAGCAGCAGCAGUUACUGGAUCCCUGCUCAUUACCUCGCACACUGGAGUCUUUCUACCCACCGGCGCCCAUCUGGGGCCACCCAGACUCCCUGCUCAGCAAAGACUACCUGGAGACCACCUUUGUGGACAUUAGGCCAGGCUCUACGCUGGAGAGGAAGCUCCUGGCUGAGACGCAGGACUACAACAGUGUUUCCUACAGCAUGGAUGAUGAAGAUGACCUUCUUCCUGACUCUGAUGACUCAUCCAUUGAGGACUUCAGUGAUACAGACAGUGAGAACAACUUCCCUCUGAUGAUCCCUCAGGACUACCUGGGUCUGGCCUUUUUCUCCAUGCUCUGUUGCUUCUGGCCCUUGGGCAUCGCUGCCUUCUACCUUUCACAGAAGACCAACAAGGCGUCAGCACAGGGGGAUUUUCAAGGGGCCAACGCAGCAUCUCGCCAGGCUCUGUGGCUCUCAGUUCUCUCCAUCGUUUUUGGGAUCAUAACGUACAUCUGCGCCAUUGCUGCGUUGAUUUCCUACCUGUCUGGAAAACCACCAUAA